GCUAUGGCUGCCUAAUAUACUUUGGAUUCCCCUCUGCUAGACCUGUGUGAUCAUUCUUCCACCUCUAGCAGGGUUGCCCUUAUAGUGCCAGAAGUAGGAGGUGUUCCAUUUUGAUGGAUUUAGCAGCAUGUUCGACACACUUGCUCCAUGAUGUCCAAUCACUGCCAUCAGAUUUCAACUCUGUGACUUUGUCAAAUGCUUUAUUGACAGACAUUUCAUCUUUGUCUUCUGUAUCUUCAUCUUCUUUGUAUAUCUCCUCUUCUGAUUCUUCAGAAUUGUGUUCUGGUUCUUCUGGAGGCUGCUUUACAGGUGGUAUUUGUACAGGAGGUGGAGAUUGUUGUACUGGGGAUGAAGAUUGAUGUCUUAUGUUUGCCAUCAUUCAGGUCACAGUUCGCUGAUGGAUUAAAUGACUUGAAAAAUAUAAAGGCCUCUACAGCAGAAACA